AUUUUCCUGCAAAAAAAAAUUAAAACAGCUUAACAGAGAAGUUGAAAUCCGCUAGCUGUUUAAAAGCUUGAACAACAAAUUAUCAUGAAUCCUGGUUUAUACUUUGCUAUAGGCAAAAAAGCUAGAGAUCUGCUGUACAAGGAUUAUGCUCAACAACAACCAUUACAGCUUCGCUAUCAGAGUUUCGACUGGAGUUUUGACUUCUCAUGCCAAAUUGAAGAGAUUUUGCCUGGAGUGAAUACAGUUUUUAGAGUUACUAUUCCAGAUUCCGGGAAGGCAGAACUUCAAUACUUGCGUGACUAUGUGGGGUUUAAUGCCGGAGUAGGACUGAAGGCAAACCCUGCUACAGGGUUUGAACCCAUUGCAAACAUUUCGGGUGUAAUAGGAAGCAAUCUCGUCUCUCUUGGAGCUGACCUUGGCAUUGACAUAACAACAGGGACUCUCAACAAAUUCAGUACCGGUUUGAGCUUGAAUAGUGCCUUCCUUAUUGCUUCCUUGACCCUGAGUGAUAGUUUUGAUAGUGUAAAAGCAUCAUUUUACCAUCUACUGAACGCCCCGACUAGAACAGCAAUUGCAGCUGAGUUGAAGCAUAGGUCUUCUUCUGAUGCAACAACCCUUACAAUUGGUGCACAGCAUGCAUUGUUUCCAUUUACAUUGGUGAAGGCUCGUAUGAAUACUGAUGGGAAGGUUAGUGCUGUUCUUCGGCAAGCAGUGUGGCAAAGGUUCUAUGUCUCUAUUGCUGGAGAGAUUGAUUUAGCGGACAGCAAUAAUGUUCCUAGAAUUGGACUUUCAAUGGCUCUCAAGCCCUAGAACAACUAAUCAUACUGGAGCUCUGAAGUGUUUCCUAGAUGAUUUUGUGCCAUCAUUCAUAGUAUUUACUCUAUCAUGCUCCUUGAUUCAAUCCAGUUUUUAUAUGUAAAG